CGACAGAGCAACAGUUAACUGAAUUGUGGGAUAAUCAGAUCUCUGUAUCUCUCACUGAAGUUCUUCAAGGUCAUCAAGAACUCCCUGACAACAUGACGCCAUUUGAUGCUGCCUCUGACGUACAGCUUGAUGAUCAAAGGUCACUAGAUCAUAUUUAGAUUUUUUUCAUAACUUCCUGUGUUGUUUCCAAUUAAACCAGUGGUUCCCAAGCAGGGGCGCACGGUGGACCCAUUGGUUUUACGCACAAAUUAUAUUGAUAAAUGUGUAAAAAAAAUUUUUAAUUAUUUUUUUUUAAAAACCUUUCAUUUACGUGAUGCUUUAUUUCUCAAAAUGCUAUAAAAUUUCAGCAACUCUAUUACAAGUCUAAUUAAGGAAUGUAGGAGAAAAACAUACCUGUUUACCCUCAAACUCUUAAAAUCGUACAAUAUCAUCACAAAAUCGUUCAAUACCUUAGAUUUAUAGUAAAAAAUAAACAUAUUGUAUAUAUAAUGUUUACACCUCAAAAUCGUACAUUGUACGCCAAAAUCGUAAGAGUAAACGGGUCUGGAAAAAAAAAGGUUGAGCACCGCUGAAUUAAACAAUGAUGUAAUUUCAUGUGUUAAAUUGGUGAUGUUAUCUUGACUUAAAUAAUACACCUUGAAAUUAUUAUCUUUGUAUUUUAUAACUAUAGACAUAGAAUCAACAUAUUUAAAUAAUUAUCUGGGUAUUUAUAACUAUAGACGUAGUGUCGUCAUAUUGAAAUAACUUUCUGGGUAUUUUGUAACUAUAGACAUAUAAUCAACCUGACAAGUCUCGAGUGGCACCCAGUGCAACAGGACAGGAAUAAAAACAUUAACAUCUUAUCUUCCAUCAUUUUAAACUAAACACUGCAGAUAUAUUUGAUUGAUAAGAUCGUUGAAGUUUGACCAAAUGUCUGUUACAAUGCUGCUGAUAAGAUCGUUGAAGUUUGACCAAAUGUCUGUUACAAUGCUGCUGAUAAGAUUGUUGAAGUUUGACCAAAUGUCUGUUACAAUGCUGCUGAUAAGAUUGUUGAAGUUUGACCAAAUGUCUGUUACAAUGCUGCUGAUAAGAUCGUUGAAGUUUGACCAAAUGUCUGUUACAAUGCUGCUGAUAAGAUCGUUGAAGUUUGACCAAAUGUCUGUUACAAUGCUGCUGAUAAGAUCGUUGAAGUUUGACCAAAUGUCUGUUACAAUGCUGCUGAUAAGAUCGUUGAAGUUUGACCAAAUGUCUGUUACAAUGCUGCUGAUAAGAUCGUUGAAGUUUGACCAAAUGUCUGUUACAAUGCUGCUGAUAAGAUCGUUGAAGUUUGACCAAAUGUCUGUUACAAUGCUGCUGAUAAGAUCGUUGAAGUUUGACCAAAUGUCUGUUACAAUGCUGCUGAUAAGAUCGUUGAAGUUUGACCAAAUGUCUGUUACAAUGCUGCUCAAUACACGGCAACAGGGAAAAAAUUAUACGACAAAACUUGAUGUGAAUCUCAGCACUCAUAAAUAUAUCUGUGUCCUUUAUUCAGUCUGAUCUGUCACUACAUGUUGUCUCAUUAAAAUGCUUAAACCAUAACAGUGUCACCAAUAAUAAUUCACUUGUUAUGUAUGUGGGGCUGUGACCGUGUGUUCAGUAGGCGCACAAAUUAAAAUUUCCAGAAGUUGGCACUAAUUUGGGAUUCAAGUGCAUUACUUGAAUGGUUGUUUUUGUCAAGUAGAUGGGAAGUUCAUACAAUACCGCUGCAAAUUGUUUGGCGGGUUAUUUCUAGUAAGGAAAAAAAAAAUGAAUUAUUGAUAGUGAAAUAAAAAAAUGUAUUCUUAUUUCUCAUGUUAAAGAAUCGACACCAUGUUGCGAGUGCAAGCAUUCUUAAGAGACAACAAACCAGCUGAAGCAUUAGCAUUGUUCCGAGCUGCUAGAGAGGUGUGGCCAGACAGGGAUGAAUUUGGUUCUGAGAGUAUGAACCAGGAAGAGGAGCUGUUUGCCCUGAGGGAGGUGUUCAUGGCCAGCCUGCCAUGUGAGUAUUUCAAUCAUGACAUUCCCCAGCAAUCAGUCGCCCUAAAAAUAAAUUUGUUCCCCAGCAAUCAGUUGCCCUAAAAAUAAAUAUGUUCCCAUCAAUCAGUCACCCAUAAAUGUGUUCCCCAGCAGUCACCCAUAAAUUUGUCCCCCCAUCAAUCAGUAACCCAUAAAUGUGUUCCCCAGCAAUCAGUCACCCAUAAAUGUGUUCCCCAGCAAUCAGUCACCUAUAAAUGUCUUCCCCAGCAAUCAGUCACCCAUAUAUGUCUUCCCCAGCAAUCAGUCACCCAUACAUGUGUUCCCCAGCAAUCAGUCACCCAUAAAUGUGUUCCCCAGCAAUCAGUCACCCAUAAAUGUGUUCCCCAGCAAUCAGUCACCCAUAAAUGUGUUUUCCAGCAAUCAGUCACCCUAAACCACAGGAUUCAAAAUACUAAACCCUUUUUAUGCUGCUCUGCUUUCUUUAGAAUCACAAUUUGUCUUUUCUGGAAAAUGUUUUUUUUUUUAAAUGGAACAAGAUUUCCAAGAGACGUAGCGUCGUCAUAUUGAACAAGAGUUCCAUUUUCAUCCCAAAGCCCUGUUUUGUUUUCUUUUUCCUAAUUAUUUACUUAGAACUCUUCAUUCAUCUCACUCUAUCUCACUCUAUCUCAUUCUAUCUCACUUAUUUCGCAAACAAAUUAACAAUAUAUUUUCUUUGCAGUUGUAAUUAUAAUUUCAUGGAUUUUAUUUCUGAAUUUAAACAAAUUAAUUGAUUUUUUUUUAAUCUGUCAUUCACAUCAUCAUCCCCCCCCCCCCCAAAAAAAACACACCACACCCACCACAAAAAAAAAAAAAAAAAAAGAGAGAGCAAAAAGGUUGAAGGAAAUGAACGAAACAAAGUAUGGGAAGACUUUAGUAAAAGGACAUAAAAGAAUGCUGCUUCCUUUUGUCCAUUACUUUGUUUCUCUCAUUUCCAUCAUCCCCUUACACAGGUAUGUUUGACAAAAAAUAUAAUGAAUGUAGGAUACAAAUACCAAGGCAAUGAUUUAGUUAUGAAAGUUAGAUAAAAAUAUGAACACCCGAACAAUGAUUUAGAUAUGAAUGUUAGAUGCAAAUACCAAAACAAUGACUUAGACCAUAAGAUGAAAUUCACCACAUACAUAUAUAUAUAUAUCUUAGGAAAAAAAGCCAAAAAUAAAAAGAAUAUUUAUUGAAUCUUAAAGCCAAUUAUAGCAUGACUGAAAGAUCACUGCUAACUUAUUGUAAUAUAAUAAAAAGCUGAAUAUUUAGGAAAGUUCUGCAGCUAUAUUUGUUGUUAGCCUUACUGUGAGAUUUACAAAGUAUUAAAUAUUCAAGCGGACAUUUUUUUCUAGCUUCUACUUUUUUUUUGUAUUGAGAAAUGACAUGUGCAGUCCUGGAAUUUCAAAUUAUAAUAUUCAUUUCAAAGUGCUUCAUCUCAAAAUUGCUAAAAAUGAAAUUGAUUUAAAUUUGAAAUUGGAAAAUGGUCCUUAUUUUGCAACAUUCAUUUAAAAAAAAUAAAUUUGGUGAGCUAGAAUUGAAAUAGGUGGCAUUAAAGGGGCUUUCUAAAUUAAAUCAGGGGCUUAGUACUUAGCUGAUUUUUAUUGUUGGAACAGUUGGGGUUUAACAGUAAUGUAAAUGUACAAAAUAGCAAGCCGCCUUUUUGCCAUGAAAAAAAUAUGGAAAUAAUGUACUUUUUUGUAACCUACAUACAUGAGGUGCAAAAUCAAGGGUGUCCAACCAUUCAGAAAGAGCUACAUUAGCAGGACUCCUGAGUCAGCAAGUGCUACAUUAGGAUUCCCACUAAGGCUGGACUUUGUAUACAAGAAUCAAUGCACAUGACAUAAAUUUAAAUGAGCGAUAUAGAGCUGGCAUUUUUUUUCUUUUUACUGCAUUUCGCGACAGUCCUGAUUUUCUCAGUCAUCCUUGCUGACCUACUUAACAAAAUAAAACAUUUUUAAAAAAUAACUAUUUAAUUUGUUUUUAAUAUUAAAACAGCCUUGAACUGUUGAAAACACUUUGUGGUGGCAUUUUGGCCUUGCUGGAUUAAACAUCUCGGGCUGUUAUGUUUGCCCAUCCUCUAAUUGUAUUGAGAGCAGUAAGUUCUUGGCUGUUGAGUCUGUCUUGUUGUAGCACAAAUAUGAGAUCCACAGUACAAAGCUGGUGGCACAAAUCUCAAGAAAGAAUUACUUACAAUCACAUGAAUACAUGAAUAAGGGAUAUUUAUAAUCUUUGUCUGUGUUGGACAAUGCAUUAUCUGUUAAAAAUUCAUUCUGUGGUCUUCUUGAGUCAGAUAACAUACACAAGCGGUUAGUCUAAACCUGCAACCUCUCAAAUGGGGUGAGGCGAAUGUCUCAGUUUGUUAAAAUCUGGACUUUUUGGUUAGCUUUAUCGACUUUAACGAUGAAGACCAUUUCAAAGCCACUGGUGGUAGGUUUGUCCUGGCCCAUAGUAUAACCCAAUAUAUCGCAGUCUCUGAACUCAGAACACAUUAUUCAUGGUCAAGCACACAAAAUGUUAUAAUUCUAAAUUAAAUCUGGAGUCCUAAGAAUUUUUGGUGAUUGACUGGAAGAGUCCAGUGACUCAGAUCAUCUCCCCUUGGAUUGGAUUAUUUCCAUGCAUGCAUCAGCAGCUCAGAGUCAUCAUCUGUUUGACCCUGAAUGCAGUCAAAACUUGUCCUUGAACUGGAUGAAGCUGAUGACCACUGCCUCUUGCAUCUGGAGCCUUUUCUAGAUGAUGACUGGGAUGAGGAAGAGGCGCUUGACUUUCUGUCCACAGGACUUGUAGAUAGGAAAUCAUCGUUGUCAAUUUCUACCUUCCGAGGUUCAAUUUUCACGUCUCUCAUCGGCUCAUCUGCCAUGUGACUUAUAAUGAAGACUGUAUCUGAGGUCUCGUGGGCAUUCUUCAUAGCAGGUUGACUCGAGCCUACCAACGAGAGCUUUUUCUGUCUGCGUUUGUAUCUAACCACAAGGACAGCAAUGAUGAGGCCUGCUAUCAGGGAGAGCAGAGACACUGAGACCCCAAUGAUUACAGCUUGCAUCUUGCCACCAAUCAUGAAGGUGGGUAGGCGGUUGUCCUCUCCAUUGAGCCGUGGUCUACUUCUGUCGUAGGAAGGGGUGUUGUAGCUGUGGGAAAUGUCACUGUUGUUGACAGAGGUCUCAUUCUGGGAAACUCUUUCUCCUUCUGUUACCAGCACGCUGCUUGAUGGCAUCUCAGGUUCUUCAGUACUGGGGGAAAAAGUGGUUUUUAUUUUAUGUUUUGGGUGAUCUAGCAAGAAAGAACCUUUUACAUAAGUUGGUCGUGUGAUUACUUUUUAAGAGAAGACUGUAGAGACACAUGGAAUUAUUUUGACAAUUUUUUAAAAGAGUUUUUUGAAUAAAUGUUUAGGAGCUCCUUUUUUUCUCUUUUCUUUCUUUAUUUUUCUAUUUUCUGAGCUCUUUUAAAUGGGUUUGAAUAGCGCUUGCCUUUAAAAAGGAUAUCUUUUCAAAGUCUUUCAUUUGCACUGGACAUUAAAACCUGCAUUGUGCUAAUCCUGUGUUUUACUAACUAAACCAGGGUUUUAUUAUUCUGUCCUAAUUUGUUCAUUAAGAUUUUUGGAGAUAUUCAAAUUUUGGCUCACCUCGACUCUCUGGUUGUUUGUUUGAACUCAUCACUGUCUGAUGUUAAACCGUACUCUGGUGUGGAAUAAGUUUGAGUGAUCAUGGCAGUACUCACUGUCUCUUGAAUCAGUGUAUGGGCCUGAAAUCAUUAUCAUAGACAUGUGUGGGGGUCAAAUGAAUAUUACAGACAUGCAUUCACUGAAGUCAGUUUAAAAAUUUAAUGACAAUAAGUGGAGUAGUAAUGGAGGGGGCUUGUAGUGGGGGUUGCUUGAAAAUGCUGCUGUUAUGUCUCCCAAAAUAUAUUAAUUUUUUGUAGCUGAAAUUUUCAGUGAAAAUUCUCGACCAACAUAUUUGUUGUAUUGUUUAGCCCCACUUUAUUUCGGUACUUAGUUAAAGCACGUUAUCCAUGUACUUUGUUAAAGCACUUUAUCACUGUGCUUUGUUAAAGCACUUUAUCCAUGUACUUUGUUAAAGCACUUUAUCCAUGUAAUUUGUUAAAGCGCUUUAUCCAUGUACUGUGUUAAAGCACUUUAUCCAUGUACUUUGUUAAAGCACUUUAGUCUGAAUGUAGUCCUCCCUCCUUCCUUUUCUUAAAUGUUUCCAGUAGCCAUGACUUUUUUCCCCCCAUUUUUUACAUUACUCUAUGAGAUGACUUGGUACAUACUUACUUACAUACAGUCCAGUGAAUCGGUACAUGCUUACCUGCUUACUUACAUACAGUCCAGUGAAUUGGCAAAUACUUACCUACUUACUUACAUACUUCCUAACUACUUACCUACUUACUUACAUACUUACUUACAUACAGUCCAGUUCUUUAUUUUUGCAUGUACUUAAAAACACCAUAAAAUGACCCAGCAAAUGUUAAGCUAAUAACUUGACAAACUAACACCUUGGCUUUAAUGAAGCUAUAGUUUCUAUCAAUUGCUUGUAGUGUUUAAUGAAGCUAUAGUUUCUAUCAAUUGCUUGUAGUGUUUAAUGAAGCUAUAGUUUCUAUUAAUUGCUUGUAGUGUUUAAUGAAGCUAUAGUUUCUAUCAAUUGCUUGUAGUGUUUAAUGAAGCUAUAGUUUCUAUCAAUUGCUUGUAGUGUUUAAUGAAGCUAUAGUUUCUAUCAAUUGCUUGUAGUGUUUAAUGAAGCUAUAGUUUCUAUCAAUUGCUUGUAGUGUUUAAUGAAGCUAUAGUUUCUAUCAAUUGCUUGUAGUGUUUAAUGAAGCUAUAGUUUCUAUCAAUUGCUUGUAGUGUUUAAUGAAGCUAUAGUUUCUAUCAAUUGCUUGUAGUGUUUAAUGAAGCUAUAGUUUCUAUCAAUUGCUUUUAAUGUUUCUUUUAAAUGGUUAACAGACAAACCAGUUUGUAUUUUCAAGUUUGUUUUUAUACUUUCUGGUCGUUAAACAUUUUGAAAGAUAAAAAAAAAAGGUUAGUGCGAACGUUUUACCUGUUCCCAAGUGUAUUCCGUUGUUAGAUAUUGCACAGAGGACAGCGCCGGCGUUGCUGGCGAGACGCUGACUGUCUGCUGGAUGUCAGAGGUUAUCAAACGCGUCGUUUCCAUGAUUGGCGUUGAGUGAGAAAAUGAUGUUGACACAGUUGAUUCCACAUGGUUGAAUGAUCUACUUGGGGUCAUGGUCAGUUUUGUCUCUGUUGAUGGACUGCUUGGUUUUUCCACCUGGGGAUCUGCUUUUGAAGAAUCUUCAUUAUUUUCAUCAUUUGUUGUAGUCAUUGCUCUUGUGAUCUCCUUUGUUGUUGAGGCUUCCGUGGUCGUCGCCAUGGUAAAUUCUUUAGGAUCCACGUCUAGUACUGAUCUGCCCUUAAGAUUCUCUGGGCUGGCGCAUGUAACACUUUCAAGCAUAAAAAACAACUUUGGGAAUUCUGACAUCCACUUUCGCAGAUAUAGUAAAUGACUGUCGCAGUCCCAGGGAUUAGCGGAUAGUUUCAGUGUCCUCAGAUUACCCAAAGCCAUCCUAACAUCCAUGGAUAAAGUUUGUAAACCAUUGUUCAUAAUGUUCAGGUCCUUAAGGCCUUGUAGAGAAUGGAGGUUCUCUUUGCUGUUGAGAAUACUUUUGACGAUGGAAGGACUUCCCAUGAGCUCCAAGCUGAUCAAUGACGGACAGUCCUGAAAUGCGGCCACUCCGAGCACAGUGGCGUUGCUUGUCGUGCUGGAAAGUUUCAGGUAGUUCAGCCGUUGUAGGCUGGUGAAAGCGCGGCGUUCGAUCCUGCUGAUUGGGUUCUGCUCCAGGUUCAGUGUGUUUAGUUGGCGGAGUCCAGCGAAUGUCAUGUUGUUCAAGAUCGUGAUCUGAUUCUGGUCCAGAAACAGAGCUGUCAAAUUUGGCAGGCGUGAAAACGUAUAGGCAGCAAGGUCGUUGAUCUGAUUGUUCUUCAGCGACAAAACUCUCAUCGUGGAAUCAUGUGCGAAAUUUAAGUCGAAAAUUCGUAAAAUGUUGUUAUUUUCUGCAGUAAAUUUGAGAACAGUUGAUGGUAUCCCGUAGGGCAGCUGUUUAAGCUUGUUGCCAUUCAAACGAAUGUCCUUAAGGUAGGGUUUGUUGUCAAAUGCACCGUCUUGUAUGACAGAUAUCUUAUUGUUGUCUAAAAUAAUGGUUCCAAGAUGCUGGGUGUCCUCAAGAUCUCUUGAUUCCAGAAUGAGAAGAUCAUUACUGGACAAAUUGAGUGUCAUUAGUGGCCAGGGAAGACCAGCGGGCACACGACUCAGCUGGCAGGAUGAAACGUCUAGAAACAUCAAUGCCUCCAAACCGGUGAAUAUACCGUCCACAUUCCUGAGAGGGUUGCCUCGUAGAACUAAAUAGGAGAGUAUCGUCAUGCCUUGAAAUGCUAGUUUUGAAAUGAAAGAUAUUUUGUUCUGGGCAAGGGUCAGGUACGUGAGCCCCCUCACGCCCUUAAAGCUGUCAUCUUUCAGUGACGUCAGCUUGUUCUGGUUUAAGUUCAGUCUUUCUAAACUUGAGAUGUUUUCAAAUGUUCCUGAUAUGUCCGAGAUCUGAUUGCCGGAUAGUUCCAGCACCUUAAGUGCAGGGAGAUCACCAAAAGCGUUAUCCGCUAUGUUCUGGAUGUUGUUGUUUUCCAGAUGGAGAUUACGCAGGCUGCUGAGGUUCAGAAAGCUCUCAGGCUGCAAUUCCUCCACCUGGUUCUCUUUAAGAUUCAGAUGCUCCAAACCCUGAAGGCCUGUCAGUUUCCAACCAUCCACGGUUUUGAUGUUAUUCUUUUGCAAGUUUAAGUAUCUUGCAGAUGCCGAAAGGUUGUCUGGCAUUGCACCGAGUUGUCUGUCAUAGCAAUCCACCUGGUCCUCGCCACAGUAGCAGUCAGCCGGGCAGGUCUGGGCCACUGUCAGUCUGGCCGAUGCCAAUAAUAAAAUGAUGAGCACAAAUUCCAUCUUGACUCUAAUUCAUAGACCUUAAGCUACUCUCACAACUGAUGCAUUUUUCUUUCUAACCUGUUUAAAUGGUUGAAAUAGUUAUCACUGAGAAGACUGGUAUUUAAUACAGAAGACUGGAAUUAACACUGAAAAGACUGGUAUUUAACACUGAAGAGACUGAUGUUUAACACUAAAAAGGCUGACAUUUAACUCUGAGAAGACUGGUUUUUAACACUGAGAAGACUGGUAUUCCCUUGGCAAGGAGAAGUUGUUAUGACGAAAAUAUUUUUCCCUUCUGUGUGUGGGUGUUGGCGAAACAUCUAAAUAUAUCCAAGACGAUGACCUGCUCUUAAUAAUUGCCUCCACUUUACUUGGAGUGUAGUUCAACGACUGACGCUCACGCCUGCUGUCAUAUAACGUAAUUAUAGUUGACUGCAGUGGUGGCGCCAAUUAUUGUGACAUCUGCUUAAAAAGUUUGUUGUAUACUUGCAAUCACUCUGCUGAUGAUUUUAUGAUCUUACUGUUUUCCUUGGAGGUUUGCUCUCCUAAUAGAAGACCUAAACAAGUUUUUGACUCAAUUAUAUUAGAAUGAAAAGUAUUUAUAAAAAAAUGGAAAUGUUGGUGAUCAAAAGUUAUAGAAACAUUUGCUUUUAGAAAAUGAACUUAAUAAAAUACUUUGACAAUUUAUGUUGUGUUGAUGACCAAUGAAUUUGUGGUCACCAGACCAGAGGUGCAGUACUAAAGAGUCUUGAGUCUAUGGUCCUAUGACCAAUGAAUUUGUGUUCACCACACCAAAGGUGCAAUUGUAUCAAAGAUCUUUUGGUCAAGUGGUCAGAAGAAAUUCUCACUUUGUAUUUUAACGAAGAGUAUUUAAUUGACAAAAAAUACAUUUUUCAUGAGAUUUUAAUUUCUUGAUACUUGUCCAUCAAAUGUUGAUUAUGUCAUCAUUAUACAAUUCUUAACACUUAACUAAAAAAACUCUCUUAUCCAGAUGACUUGAAGACACAUUGCACUUUUAGAGGCACUUGUAACUUAGCCAACAUCCAUACUGGAGACAGUCAAGCUUGAUCCUUUUGAAAUCUGUGUGCAUUUCUAAUAGAGUAGUGGUUCUCAAUGUGUUUGCACCGUGCCCCACCUCACCUUGUUAAAAUAUGGAAUAAGACCUUAAUUUUAAAUUUAAAGUGGUCUCAAUUGUAGUUUGAUUAUUUGCUCAAAUAAGAUGACACUAACCAGAACCCCCAUGCAAACCACUUUGUUGAUUAACAUGAGACAACCCGCCAAAAAUUGCUGUUUGAAGGUUAUUUAUUUUCUUCUCUCAUGUGGUUGACAUAAGCAUUUGUGAAGUCACAAAUUAUCAACAUGAUAUCCAAACAGAAAUAAAGUUUGAAGAAAUUUUCUUUGGAUGAAAAAUAGUUUAUUUGUACAUGGCAGGAUUUUAUUGAUCUCACACAGACUUAACAAUAGUGGAAUGGAAAAAAGAAAAGUGUUAGGAUAAAAAAAAAAAAGUGACUUUUUUUUUUUUUCCAAAAAAAUAAUCAUCAAGCAUAAAAUCCUACAAAUUCGGCCUACUAAAUAGUGGAAUGGAAAAAAGAAAAGUGUUAGGAUAAAAAAAAAAAAGUGACUUUUUUUUUUUUUUCCAAAAAAAUAAUCAUCAAGCAUAAAAUCCUACAAAUUCGGCCUACUGCAUACAGCAUACACAUAUCAUUCAUUAGUACUGCAAUUAUAAUAUCAAAUAUUCCUUACCUGGAGUUUUUAAUUUUUGCAUCUCAUUCCUAGUUGACUGCUUUUCAGACUUAAUGUAUAUGGAAAUGAGGGUUUUCUAUUAGGGAUCAAUUAAUUUAUAGCCUGAGGUUGUCCCUUGGCAACAUCUUCACAUGUUUCAAGUCAUUUGGCAAUAUCUGCACUGAUUAGAGGAACAAAUAUAUUUUAUAUGAAAUAAACCCCUAAUAUUUUAAAGAAAGAAAAAAUUACUAUCUUCCAUUUUUUCCUCAUUAAGAUUUUGGGAAAGCAUGAAAACGAAAACUUGAUUAGCUGAUUACGCAAACCAAAACUUGUAGAUUUAUUUUUAAAGACAAAAAAAUAUUGGUCAACUACAAUUAUCAUUAUAAUGUUCUUAGAUAUCACUAGCAUCCUCUUAUUGAAUUGCACAAUACGUUUUAGGUUGUUCAGAUUAUUUGAAAUGUUAAUUUCAUAGGCCCUAAUUGUGUGGAUACCCAGGCCUCAUUGUGUGGAUACCUAGGCCUAAUUGUGUGGAUACCUAGGCCUAAUUGUGUGGGUACCUAGGCCUCAUUGUGUGGUCACCUAGGCCUCAUUGUGUGGAUACCUAGACCUCAUUGUGUGGAUACCUAGGCCUCAUUGUGUGGAUACCUAGGCCUCAUUGUGUGGAUACCUAGGCCUAAUUGUGUGGAUACCUAGGCCUCAUUGUGUGGAUACCUAGGCCUAAUUGUGUGGAUACCUAGGCCUAAUUGUGUGGAUACCUAGGCCUCAUUGUGUGGAUAACUAGGCCUCAUUGUGUGGAUACUUAGGCCUCAUUGUGUGGAUACCUAGGCCUAAUUGUGUGGAUACCUAGGCCUAAUUGUGUUGAUACCUAGACCUCAUUGUGUGGAUAACUAGGCCUCAUUGUGUGGAUACCUAGACCUCAUUGUGUGGAUACCUAGACCUCAUUGUGUGGAUACCUAGGCCUCAUUGUGUGGAUACCUAGGCCUCAUUGUGUGGAUACCUAGACCUCAUUGUGUGGAUACCUAGACCUCAUUGUGUGGAUACCUAGGCCUCAUUGUGUGGAUACCUAGGCCUCAUUGUGUGGAUACCUAGGCCUCAUUGUGUGGAUACCUAGGCCUCAUUGUGUGGAUACCUAGGCCUCAUUGUGUGGAUACCUAGGCCUCAUUGUGUGGAUACCUAGGCCUCAUUGUGUGGAUACCUAGGCCUCAUUGUGUGGAUACCUAGGCCUCAUUGUGUGGAUACCUAGGCCUCAUUGUGUGGAUACCUAGGCCUCAUUGUGUGGAUACCUAGACUUACAUUGUAUGAGACUGUACUUUUGUUGAUAAAAAAUAUCCUGGUUAUUUUAAAUAUGUUUAAAUGAAAUCUUUUUUUUUCUCUAAUAAUCAUUGUAUCUCUGAACUAAAUCAAAACUAAAUUUAUCAUUUUUUUAAAAAAAGUUAGCUUCACCCCCAUUUCACACCUGGCGAAAAUGCAGUGUUUCUCUAUGGUUGAAACGUACAGAGUUAAACAGCAUGGGCAGGGAAACACUACUUAACAGCAUGGACAGGGAUGCACUGACUUAACAGCAUGGACAGGGAUGCACUGACUUAACAGCAUGGACAGGGAAACACUGACUCAACAGCAUGGACAGGGAUGCACUGACUUAACAGCAUGGACAGGCUGCACUGACUUAACAGCAUGGACAGGGCUGCACUGACUUAACAGCAUGGACAGGGAAACACUGACUUAACAGCAUGGACAGGGCUGCACUGUCUUAACAGCAUGGACAGGGAUGCACUGACUUAACAGCAUGGACAGGGAUACACUGACUUAACAGCAUGGACAGGGAAACACUGACUUAACAGCAUCGACAGGGAUACACUGACUUAACAGCAUGGACAGUGCUGCACUGACUUAACAGCAUGGACAGGGCUGCACUGUCUUAACAGCAUGGACAGGGAAACACUGACUUAACAGCAUGGACAGGGAAACACUGACUUAACAGCAUGGACAGGGAUGCACUGACUUAACAGCAUGGACAGGGAUGCACUGACUUAACAGCAUGGACAGGGAAACACUGACUUAACAGCAUGGACAGGGCUGCACUGACUUAACAGCAUGGACAGGGAAACACUAACUUAACAGUUGUUUUUAAAGUAGUUUCAACUAAUUUUCAACAUCCCUAAAUGUGUCAAGAGCACAACACAAAGUUCUUACUUCACUUCCUGUGUAAACAAAUUAAACUCGACCUUGCCCAAAAUCUUCUAGCGACCAAAAUGAACAUUUGCACAUCUAUAAUUUCACAUUUGCUUAGAGUACCUAUACUUGUGUGUUUGAAAGUACGUUCACACUGCCACAAAUCUAAGAGGUGAAUCCAUGACACAGUUAUCCUACAUAGGUGUUUACACUGAGCAGGCGCAAUUUUAUUUUAAUCCUUUAUAGUAACUUCCCUUUUGUUUGAGUGUUUCUUUCUUUCUGGCUGGGUGUGCGGCAAAAUCUUUGGAUGGCCCAUUGACCCGCUUCCUAUAACAAAAACUAUAGAGCCGAAACUUGGCAAAUACACUCGUUGCCGAUGACAUCACCUUCUUUCAAAUUUUCAGCCCCAACCUCCAAAAAUCAGUUUUUCAUGUUUUUCAAGGGGAAGAUGAAGGAAAUAUGACACCACUGAUUUCAGGAAAUAAAAUUCCAGAUUGAUAAUUGCACUAAAUGAGAUUCGUGGAAAAUAUGAAACAGUCUGUGAAAUAAAUCUGCGAUGUAAAAUCGGGAAGGAGUUGGAAUAUUGAUGUAAAAUAGAAUCAUAAAAAAGACCUGUUAAGUACUUACAAGGUAAAAUUUCUUUUUAGGGUUUGUUUACUUAAUGUGUCAUUGUCACUGAUGUGCUAGCGUGAUGGUCAACCACCUGUGGUGCUUUAAAUGAAUGAGCACAAGGUCACAGAGGAGCGCAUGGUUACAGAAUAGCAAGUGGUCACAGAGUAGCAAGUGGUCCAUUAAAGUUUAGUAUGCAAGUACCAGAGAUGCAGUGUAAAAGUUCCUUCAUGAUGAUUUGUUCCAGAUUUGGACUUAUAAAUUGUCUUUAACUUCAAAGGAUUUUGGACCUACUUUAUCCAAGAAAUAGCUCUGAAAAUGAGAGCCAGCUCUUUCCUAUGUAGUGUGCAGGAUAAAGAACACCUUGUCCCACAACUAAACCACCACAACAGGAUAAAGAACACCUUGUCCCACAACUAAACCACCACAACAGGAUAAAGAACACCUUGUCCCACAACUAAACCACCACAACAGGAUAAAGAACACCUUGUCCCACAACUAAACCACCACAACAGGAUAAAGAACACCUUGUCCCACAACUAAACCACCACAACAGGAUAAAGAACACCUUGUCCCACAACUAAACCACCACAACAGGAUAAAGAACACCUUGUCCCACAACUAAACCACCACAACAGGAUAAAGAACACCUUGUCCCACAACUAAACCACCACAACAGGAUAAAGAACACCUUGUCCCACAACUAAACCACCACAACAGGAUAAAGAACACCUUGUCCCACAACUAAACCACCACAACAGGAUAAAGAACACCUUGUCCCACAACUAAACCACCACAACAGGAUAAAGAACACCUUGUCCCACAACUAAACCACCACAACAGGAUAAAGAACACCUUGUCCCACAACUAAACCACCACAACAGGAUAAAGAACACCUUGUCCCACAACUAAACCACCACAACAGGAUAAAGAACACCUUGUCCCACAACUAAACCACCACAACAGGAUAAAGAACACCUUGUCCCACAACUAAACCACCACAACAGGAUAAAGAACACCUUGUCCCACAACUAAACCACCACAACAGGAUAAAGAACACCUUGUCCCACAACUAAACCACCACAACAGGAUAAAGAACACCUUGUCCCACAACUAAACCACCACAACAGGAUAAAGAACACCUUGUCCCACAACUAAACCACCACAACAGGAUAAAGAACACCUUGUCCCACAACUAAACCACCACAACAGGAUAAAGAACACCUUGUCCCACAACUAAACCACCACAACCCAAACUUAAGAUCUAAUUUUAUUUUUUGGUGUUAGUGGUAGGAAUUUCAGGAAAUGAGAGGGGGGGGGGGAGAGGGGGUAAAUUAGGUUUUAUUGUCAAAUUGUACAAAUGCUUGAAAAUACAGGAAUCAGGAUCAUUGGGAUAAAUUGUCUGUAUUACCAGUAGUUUCAUAUUAAAGGAACACAUCCCCCCCCCCCAAAUAAAAUAAUCAACGUAUAGUUUAUUUAAGGAAUAAAAUUGAUUGAUUUGAUUAAAGUGCCACCUUGCUAUCAGUGUGACAAGCUCCGCCAUUGGUCAUCUAUAAUAAGUUUCAAACGAUUCAUGGAGACAGUUAAAUAAAGGACAACACUCAAAGUCUCAUUCACAGAAGGAAUGAUUAAAUCUUUUCCCAAUGUCCUUGAGUUAACUGGCUUGAAUGAGCCGAAGGUGGAGGAAAUCCUUGAUAACUAUGUCGGUGUUGGUCGCCACCAGUCUUGUGGCACUUGAGACGGGGCAAGUGGCUGGUGACCAUUGGAGGCAUCCAGCAGUGGCAAAUAUUCAAAUAAUUAACUUACUGCUAGAGUUACAUCCCUCCUCUUUCCUUUAUUGCCCAGUGAUUCUCACAGUGGGGGUAUAUGAUGGCCCUUGAAUGAAGUUCUCUGUACAAUCUUUGUGAUUGGUUUUAUUCUAUUAUGAGAGCCUAUUGUAAAGAUACUGAUAUGCUCUUAUAAAGGCUGAUAUGGUUUUUUAAAGAUUCUGAUAUGAUUUCGUAAAGCUCCUGAUAUUAUUGUCUCCCAUUACACAUCCGCAACAUACCGACUAUCACAGCAUUCAAAACUGCACUCAAGACCCGUCUCUUCAAACUCUACUCUACCGACUAUCACAGCAUUCAAAACUGCACUCAAGACCCGUCUCUUCAAACUCUACUCUACCGACUAUCACAGCAUUCAAAACUACACUCAAGACCCAUCUCUUCAAACUCUACUCUACCGACUAUCACAGCAUUCAAAACUACACUCAAGACCCGUCUCUUCAAACUCUACUCUACCGACUAUCACAGCAUUCAAAACUGCACUCAAGACCCGUCUCUUCAAACUCUACUCUACCGACUAUCACAGCAUUCAAAACUGCACUCAAGACCCGUCUCUUCAAACUCUACUCUACCGACUAUCACAGCAUUCAAAACUACACUCAAGACCCAUCUCUUCAAACUCUACUCUACCGACUAUCACAGCAUUCAAAACUGCACUCAAGACCCAUCUCUUCAAACUCUACUCUACCGACUAUCACAGCAUUCAAAACUGCGCUCAAGACCCGUCUCUUCAAACUCUACUCUACCGACUAUCACAGCAUUCAAAACUGCACUCAAGACCCGUCACUUCAAACUCUACUCUACCGACUAUCACAGCAUUCAAAACUGCACUCAAGACCCGUCUCUUCAAACUCUACUCUACCGACUAUCACAGCAUUCAAAACUGCGCUCAAGACCCGUCUCUUCAAACUCUACUCUACCGACUCAAUUCUCACAACGCUACCCCCUCUAAAUGAUACAAAACGCUCGAUGCUGCUGGGUGCUGUCCAUUGCUAGACAGGGGUAGAUAGUCCUUGGGUGGGUGAGGCUUUAUGUGAAGCGCAGUGAGCCUAGUCCUAGGCUGGGGUAAUGGGCUAUAUAAAACCACUUUCAUAAUAAUAAUAAAGAUGCCGAUGUGAUCUUGUAAAGAUGCCGAUGUGAUCUUGUAAAGAUGCUGAUGUGAUCUUGUAAAGAUGCCGAUAUGAUCUUGUAAAGAUGCCGAUGUGAUCUUGUAAAGAUGCCGAUCUGAUCUUGUAAAAAUGCAGAUAUGAUCUCCGCGUUGAUUGGAUUCAAUAGAUAAGUUGUUAUUUUUAUUUCCUUAUGUGCCAGUGACCCAUGUGACAAGAUAGAAAAUACAAGGCUGUAUGUGUUAUAUGCCAGUACAAGACUGUUUGUGUGAUACGCCAGUACAAGACUGUUUGCGUGAUAUGCCAGUACAAGACUGUAUAUGUAAUACGCCAGUACAAGACUGUAUGUGUAACAUGCCAGUACAAAACUGUUUAUGUGAUACGCCAGUAUUCAAUUGGUGAUUGUUCAAAAAGGAGCGUCAACAGGGAGAAUCCUUCUAUAGCAUCAACACCAAAAUGACAGAAGGAAAUACUUAUUUUUUCCCUGUGUGUUAAACAAAAUUGAAACAAUGCUAUUUUACACUACCUAAAGAUAAGAUUGCUGUAGUUAUUUUUACAUCGAAAAUAAUUCUAUGAACAGUUUAUAAUUAUAUUUUGUUUGUUUCCAAAUCUGAAACAUUAAGCAAGUUUAUCAAUACAAAAAUUUAUGGCUUUUGGAAUCAUUCCUAUUUAGGAUUUUAAAGAGUUUAAACAGUUGGCAUUUAUUUGUGUAUGGAUUGUCUUCCCCAUUACACUUUAAUAGAUUAUUCCCUGAUAUACUAAGGUGAUCAUACCCUCAAACCUGCAUCACAAUAUCUCUCCAUUGUCGCAAAUAUCACACGCCACACCAGUUAUAGUACGUCUCAACCACCUCACAUAAUCCAAACAUUACCACAUCCACAUGUUACCACCAACAAAUAUCCCACCCAUUACCACCUCCACUUCACCCACAUGUUACUCCCUAAACAUUGCCACUUCUACAUCAUUACCACCUAAACAUUACCACAUCCACAUGUUACCACCUACAUAGGACCCACACAGUACCACCACCACAUUACCCACAUAUUUUGACCUCCACUUAAACCACUUGUUACUUCCUAAACAUGACCACCUCCACAUGUCAUCACCACUAAACAUGACUACUUCCACAUCUUUACCACCUAAGCAUUACCACAUCCACAUCAUUACCACCUAAAAAUUACCACAUCCACAUCAUUAACACAUCCACAUUAUUACCACCUAAACAUUACCACCUCCACUUUAUUACACCUAAACAUUACCACCUCCACAUGUUAUCACCUAAACAUAACCAUCUCCACACAACCCACACAUUACCAGGUCAUGAGGCAUUUCCCCUCAAAAUUGACCUAUCUCACUGUCUCAAAUAUCACACGGCCAUGUACGUCAUCACCCUCCCCAGUCCCACACAAUUUCCUUUCUCACAAAACUGUCUGACUCUGGAUCUAUUUUCCUGGCACAACAAGAAAUCUAGGUCAAGUGUUAAGUCCUUGACCCAAUAGACCCUAAGCCAAAAAAAAAUGUAAUCUUAGUUCCCCACAGGAAUUAAAGACCCAGACGAGCAUGUUUUUAUUGUAUCUUUUAAUAGCUAAAUAUUUUCUGGUCUCUAGUGAUGCCCCUGAUGCAUACUUGCAAUAUUUGAUAGUUACAUCUAUUAGUGCUGAUAUAUUGUUGAGAUACACAAACAUGUUAUGUUUAUUUCUAUGUCUUUCAGGUUUACAAAGACAGGAGGAGCCCGUAGAGGAG